GUACUCAACGAUCAUUUUUUCUGGACUUGAUUUUGAUUCACUGGCUGAUCUCCGUUUAUAAAUUGCAUUUUUCUCAUUAAAAAAAAGACAUUCCCGUUUUUGCGAAAAUCAAACACAAUGGAUUCAAUAUUGAAUCAAACAACAUUCAUCAUCAAUGAUUAUCUUGAUGUAAUUGAAUUACAUUUAGAGCCAUAUGAUCGUUGGCAAAUUUUACUUGCUACACUGGUUACAUGUCUGUUAUUAUCACGUAUAUAUCGUUUCUAUGAAGAUCAUGAAUUUACCUGGUCGGCAAUAUCAACAAUAUUAUUUCGUAUUUUCAUUCGUUUACCUUAUAUUCGUCAAAUGGUUAGUAAAGAAUUAGCAAAAGCUGAUGAAACUAUUUCGAAAAAAUGUCGUGAAAUUUAUUGUAAUGAAAAAUUCCUUACAAAUCUUCCAAAAAAUGGAAUGAAACCUGAAGAAAUUCUUAAGGAAUUUAAAAAUUAUCAAAAAUUAUUAAAAAUUGAUUAUAAAGGUGGCCGUGUAUCGGGUGCAGUUUAUUCAAGCAUGUCACCAAAUCUUAUUGAUUUAAUAACAAAAAUUUAUAGUGAAACUGCUUUCUCAAAUCCAUUACAUCCGGAAGUUUUUCCGAAUAUUACCAAAAUGGAAGCUGAAAUUAUUCGUUGGGUUAUAAAUCUUUACCGUGGUGAUGAUAAUUGUUGUGGAUCAUUAACAUCUGGUGGUACUGAAUCAAUUGUUUUAGCAAUAAAAGCAUAUCGUGAUUAUGCUCGUAAUGUUCGUGGUAUACGAAAACCAGAAUUGGUUGCACCAAAUACAGCACAUGCUGCAUUUCAUAAAGCAUGUCAAUAUUUUUGUAUAAAAUUUCGUUCAAUACCAGUGGAUCCCGUAACAUUUAAAGCCGAUGUUAAAGCAAUGGAACGUGCUGUUAAUCGUAAUACAAUUCUUUUGGUUGGAUCAGCUUGUGGUUAUCCACAUGGUAUUAUUGAUGAUAUUGAAUCAUUGGCUGUUGUUGCAUAUAAAUAUAACAUACCAUUACAUGUUGAUUGUUGUCUUGGUGGUUUCUUGGUUCCAUUCGUUAAAGAUGCUGGUUUUCAUAUCGAUCCUGUGGAUUUUUCCGUACCCGGUGUUACAAGUAUAUCAUGUGAUACACAUAAAUAUGGUUUUACACCAAAAGGUUCAUCAAUAAUAAUGUAUUCGGAUAAAAAAUAUCGUCAAUAUCAAUAUUCUGUUUAUACUGAAUGGCCUGGUGGUAUUUAUAUAUCACCAACAAUUGCUGGUAGUAGAUCUGGUGCUAAUAUUGCUGCUUGUUGGGCAGCUUUGCUUUAUUAUGGUUAUAAUGGUUAUGUUGAAUCGACGAGAAAAAUUCUCAGCGUUCGCCAGAAAAUAAUGAACGGAUUGGAAAAAAUUGAUGAUAUUUUUGUUCUUGGUAAACCAUCAUUAUCGGUUGUUGCUUUUGGUUCGAAACGUUUUGAUAUUUUUCGUUUAACUGAUCUUUUAACUAAAAAAGGAUGGAAUAUAAACGCUUUACAAUUUCCAUCAGCAUUACAUAUCUGUUUAACAAUGUGUCAUGUUAUUGAUGGUGUUGCAGAUGAUUUUAUCCGUGAUGUUCGUGAAUCAGUUGCAAUUUGUAUGCAAAAUCCAGAUGAAAAAACAUCCGGUUCAGGUGUUAUUUAUGGUAUGGCACAACAAAUACCAGAUCGUUCUAUGGUAUCAGAUAUGGCUUGUCAAUAUUUGAAUAGCAUUUAUGAAACAACUGAUUGAUUGAUUGAUUGGGAAUAUUUUAUUUAUAAAAAUCAAAAAUUUGAAUCUGUCAAUUAAUCAAUAAAAUUUUAUUUUGUUUUGUUUUUUGUUU